UUGGCCUUAAUUUUGAUGAUUAAAAAGAAUUAGUACGUAUAACUUUAUGUAAGGCGUUCCUCGCAAAGGUUUAACGUUUUAAGAUGGCGGACAAAUAUUUGGUAUUUGUUGUGGCACUAUGUUUUGGGCAUAUACAUGGACAGAUGGACACGUCCGUCUGUACGGGAGAAACCCCUGGCGCAAAUGACCCACCCGGACCCCCGUCACUUCCGGACGCGUUCGAGGUUCAUGUAGAGGUUAACAUUUUCAACCGGAACUACACGGAAGACUUCCAUGUGUGGUACAACAAGACAAUGAACCAAGUUGUUACACAUACAACGAACGCGGGUAACAGGUUUGAGCAGCUGUACAGAUUCGACACCAAUGAAUACUACUACGUUAAUCGCGACACUGGUAUUUGUACAGUGACCCCUAUCAACUCGGCCAGACGGGCUUUCCUCUUUGCCAUGACAAACGCUGGGGUAUCCACGAUAAGGACUCCAAAUCAGUUCCUACGUUUCAACAUGACCGGUGUACGUGAAAAAUGGAUCAAUCAAACGGUGGUGCGAGGUAUCAAAUGCAAUAUGUGGCGGUCAUGCUAUUAUAACGCUAAGAGGAAUUCCACAAUGGCAGUCGAUUGGUAUUUUAGCGUUCCUGGCUGGAUGAAUGCAAAGUUGUCGGAUCAAAUUCCGGUUCGAGCUCAUGUUUUUGGGAAUGCCGUUAUGAAAAAUGGACAAAAGCGCAAAUUCGACCACAUGUACGAAUUUUCUUAUCUUGACCUACAACCACAAGGUGUUCAUCUGUACGAUCUACAGACACCAACCGGUGUGUAUUGUCCCCGUGCAAAGAAUACCAAAGCAUUGCCUGUCCCAUCGUCUGCCUUCCAUUUUACAUCCGAAAUCAUAUACGGCCAGUCUAUUUCGAGAAUAAAGGAAUAUUUCGACUUCGAUCUUAACCUUGUUCGAUACGACUACGACCCAAUUGGAUCCGAAAAGAAAUUUGGUUCCCUACCCCUGACGCAAGUUCAUGAUUUUAGUACAGGCGUGGCCUACGUCAUUGACCAAUUGCGUGGCAACUGUACAGCGACACCUAUCAGCGGCACCGGAUUUGACGUCAGAAAAAACGCAAAUGACCCUUCACAUGUGAGAAUUCGAACUUCGAAGGAGUUUUUCUAUUUUGACAAGGCCUCAUACAUGUACGAAGGAAGGAGAGUUGUACGGGGUAUAAACAGUGACGUAUGGAUCAGCCAAAGAAAUGAUUGGCCGGUACCUGGCUCUUCAAACUCGACAUGGGAGUGGUAUUUUGCUACGCCUAACUAUACAGAGAUGUUGUUACAGAAACCGUCGUUUGGAAUUCCAGUUAGAAUGGUGUUGGACGCAGGCUUAGGUCAGCACUAUAUAUAUAAUAUUUACGAUUAUGACGAAAGACGUCCUUCAAUCUGGUCGUACGAUAUCAGUAACUGUUUCAACUACACUGAGCGGAAAGAUUUCUCUUUCAAAUUACCAGGAAACUUCAGGAAGUUGGUGAGUGGUGACAUGGAGAUAUUCCGGUACGGCGUACUCAAAGCAAUUAUUGCCGCUGGUUCUGUCAACAAAUUACAGCUCUCAUCUCUCCGCAUUUACAAUAUUAAGAUUGAUUUUGCCGACAACAAUGAUAUUAUCGUGCAAUUUACUCUAUUGGACAAAGCCCCUCAAAUUGGUGACGUCAGUAAUCCCAAACAGGAGAACAGCCUCCCUGUGGUUGCCAAGGCCAUUUCCGGUGCUAUAAAUAGCGGUCAACUUAUUGUUAGCUUGCAGCUUCCUUCAGCAACGGCUAACAUGGUAGCCAAAAAAUAUUCACUGACUCCUGGCCGGAUUGUGAAAGAUGCAUACUAUAAGCAAACAAAACAGGGCAGCACCACAACAACCGGUGUUUCAGGUGGAGUAAUGGCGGGAAUGGGCGUGGCUUUGUUAGUAGUUUUCUUCAUCGUAGGCGUGGCCGCAACAUACUUCUACUAUAGAAAACAAGGCGGGGCUUUUGGACCAAAAAGUUUCGCACCGGAGGAUAUUACAAGUAGUGACGCAUAAUCAUCUUAACAACGUUACAACGUCAUUGUGAGACGUCAUUUACAAUGCCGUUAGUGUGUUUCGUCAUAAAGAAAUGAAUGAAGUUUUGAUUUUUACAUGUUUAAGUAACGUAACUUAGAAAAGUGCGUUGCAUUUUAAAUGUUUAGCCGGUGAUAAAAGGGUACGAAGCUGUGAUUACUAUUAUAUAUAUGUGGUCAAAAACAAAACUGUUUGUCUGCAUACCAAAGAAAGCGAAUUUGAAAGAAUGGUGUUGUCUAAUUUUGAAGAAACUGAGUAUGCCUCUGUGCAGAUUCAUCGUUCAAGUCGCUGUUAUGGAACUUGCAGUUCAAUGACCCUCUAUAUGACGCUAGACUCUUUAAAAGAGCAGUAUGUAUAUUAUUUCUCUCCAAAGUUUAGAUUUUACAAUUUAUUCUGCCUUCUGGUGUGGCACCUUAGAGGAACAACCAAAAUCUUCCAAGCCGGGAGGCUCUGCAGGGGUUCUUUUGUAAUGCAUACAUGUAUUUUAUCAGGAAAUGUUUUAUUCUAAUAAACUUAUUUAUACAUAUGCGUUAAAUAACAAUGACAUUCUUUCUUAAAGGUUCUUUUUGCUUAAUGACUAUAAUUGUAUGAAAAUAGGAUUAUACCGUUUCUUCGAUUUUCUUCCCGUACAUUUUACAGCUUUAUACACUUCAGUUUUUAAAAAUGACAUUCUUUCUUAAAGGUUCU